AUAUCGCAACGGCACUUCCAAAUCUUUAACUCAUAACUCAUUGCGGUAUUUGAUUACGCUUGUAGUUUAUUCCAAUAUUUCAAUAAAAUUAUGUAAAUAUUAAGUAAAAGUCUAAACUAUUUGUAAGUGUCAUUAUUGGGAUAAAUUGCUACAAUAUAUAUAAGGAAAAAUGGAUCUCCAUCGACCGGUCGACGGCAAUAAGUCAUAUGAAGAACUGACAUCUGAGGAAAAAUUAAGAUAUGACCAUCAGAAAUUGCACGAGAUGCACAAGGGUCACGACUCGAUGCAUAUGACUAUGGUCAUCAUCCUUAUUGUGACGCUAAUUGUGGCCCAUUUAAUAGUUUCCGAAUGGAAGAACUUACAUUACAGAUCAUAUGCGUUAUUCACGAUGGUCGCGAUGUGGUCGAUUCCGUUGCUGAUGAGCAUCAGCAACCACUGGACGAGGUUCAUCGUGGUGUGGACGGUGUUCACGCUGCUGACCGCCAUCGUUAUAUGGAAGUCGUCGCAGAAGCCCAUGUCAGUCACGACGCCGAGAUUGGUGUACAAAUGGUUCUACCUCAUAUACAAAGUGAGCUGUUUCUUCGGUGUGUUCGGCUACAUAGUUAUGAUGAUGACCUUCAUGAACAUAAACUCGAUAUUCAACCACAAGCCGCAAGUCUGGAUGGACGUCGGCCUCGUGUCACUGUUCUACGGACUGUACUUCGGCGUGCUCGGGCGGGACGUCGCUGAAUACUGUAGCGAUAAAAUGGCCGCUUCUAUUGGUUAUUACACAAAAGAAGGGAUGCCGACACGACACUUAGAGAGCAAUGUGUGUGCUGUCUGCGGUAAUAAGUUAUUGGUUGAUGUCAACGAGGAAGGCGUUUUAGAAAAUACAUAUAAACUGACCUGCAGUCACGUUUUCCACGAGUUCUGUAUUCGGGGCUGGUGCAUCGUUGGCAAGAAGCAGAGCUGUCCGUACUGCAAGGAGAAGGUGGAUCUCAAGAGAAUGUUUACUAACCCAUGGGACCGACCGCAUUUACUCUAUGGACAACUCCUAGAUUGGAUCAGAUGGGUGAUCGCAUGGCAACCGCUCGUGCUAUUCCUCGUUCAAGGCAUCAACUGGCUCUUCGGACUUGAAUAAUACAUGGCCGAUAAAAAGGAUCUAUUCGCUACAAACACAACACAAAUAUAAAUUUGUGAUGAGAUUUUAAGAGACAGUAGGUAGCAUAAUCGGUUGAGCUACCUUAACUCCUUAAGUGUGACAUAUAAUGAACGUUAUACAUAUAUGACCAUUAUAUAUAUAUAUAUGACCAUUAAAUAGUACCGAAAUGCUAUUUAUUAAUUGUUAACAUAGUAAAACGCUAUCAUUUGACCUUAUUUAAUAUAAAUUUAUUUGUAUUAUUAUUCUUUAAUAUCGGUGUAAUUCUUUGUUUCCUAUAACGGAGUAUUGAAGUGAUUUCUUGUCUGAUACAUAGUAUCUAUAAUGAUUAAUGAAUUGAUUCAUCUUGCCUUCAAGUGUGUAAUAAGUGUAAAUACACUUUAAAUAAUUAUUUUAAUUCAAUUUCAUUCACAGAUUAUAAUAAAACCAUUUAUGACAUUUUUUUUGCUUGUAAACAUGCAUUCUCAUGUACCUUUAACCGUUGCUAAGGUUAUGUGCCUACUUGAGGGGACCCACUCAUCAAUUAUUCUACCGCCUGACAUCAUCACAUCGUAUCCGAUGUGAUCAGGUUCGAAUGGUGAGUGAGCCAGUGUAAUUACAGGUACAAGGUACAAAUAUUUUGUCUCUUACUAAGUGCAAUCAUCAUCUAUAGCCUAUUUCAACCAAAAGAGAAGUAAACUCAAAUAACCUUGACACCAAUAUCAAUUGACGCAAUGUCAUUGGUCGACAUCUUAAAUAGUCUAUAAUUAUUUACUAUGGAUUCGCUCUUAUCAUCCGAUGGGACGGAAAAUCAGAAACGAUCGGAAUAUUUUCAGAUGUAGAAUAUAUGUAGGACGAGCAUAUAAACCACCUGAUGGUAAGUGGUCACCAACGCCCAUAGACAUUGGCAUUGUAAGAAAUUGGGAACUAAGAUGUUAUGUCCCUUGUGCCUGUAAUUACACUGGCUCACUCACCUUUCAAACCGGAACACAACAAUACCAAGUACUUCUGUUUUGCGGUAGAAUAUCUGAUGAGUGGGUGGUACCUACCCAGACGAGCUUGCACAAAGCUCUACCACCAGUAAACUGGUAAUAACUUUGCAGAUAAUUGAUGUCUUGGAUACACACCGUAGGUCGGCCCGGGAUUCGAAACCAGGUUACAAUAUCUAAUUCUUCAUACUGAAAUUGGCAAUUUGUUACUGUUUGCGAUAGAAUGGUGUGUGGUGUAUCCAGACGGAGUAUCCUGGAUCACUAUAAAAAAUUUGAUAUAAAUUGUAUAAAAUGUAAAUAUUUUCAUAUAUCUUCCAGACAAAUAUUCAUUUUUUUUUAAAUUUAAUAUUCAUCUCGAAGUAUAAAUUCAUUAAAUUACGUUAAUAUUAUUUUAUAUAUUAUAGUUAUUUUGUCAUUGACUCCUGUAUAGUAAUCGAUUGUAAGUAGCAUUUAGGAUCGAAUACACCUGUUUUACUAAGCGAAGCGAGUGCGAUAUCCAUUAAAUAAACAUAUUAUGAUUUAUACGAUGCGAAUGUAGCCAUGGUGUUGCAGAUAAAUAAAUUAUUAAUUUAAUUUUUUUUAUUCCUUUUAGCAAUGUACUUUUAAAAACUUAGUUUAGUAACUGUAUUGAUAUAAUAUUAAGCAUAAUACGAAUUUUAGCAUUUAUUAUUUAUCCUUUUAUUAAAUUUAAGAUAAGAUAAAUUAUGUACAAUUAGAAUUUGUUUUAUAUACUUUAUAUAUUUAAGAAAUCUAUAUAAAAUAUAUAAAACCAUAAAAAAAUGUAGUGUAAUACAUAAAGAAUUAGUUGUUCUUAAUUUUUAUAAUAUGGUCUGUAUAUGGAAAUACCUACACAUUGCAUAAACGUACUGUUGAAAUUUAUUGCGCUAACCUCUAAGUAUGAAAAUGGCGCGGAAAAUAUCUUUUCGCGCGAGCAGCCAUUUUGAAUUUAAGGUGCAAAUUAUGUAUAGUUUACUGCGGAGCGCAAAAACGGAUUGGUUGCUUGAUUUAUUACAUAAUUUUUUUCGUUUUUUGUUACCUAUUUUGGUAAACAAUGUAUACAGUAACUUCUGAAACAUUUCAUUUAUAAAUUAAAAAUAUUAUUAUUUAUAAAAUAAUUUUAAUAUAAGCUUUUUGUGCUGGCAGUACAAAUGCAGUUAUUUAUUCAAGUGCUAGAAAUAAUUAAAAUGAAUUUAGUUUCGAAUUAUUUGUAGAACUUACGCCGUUUUUAAAAUGAGACUCCCGGUAUUUUUUUCAAAGGUUAGACCAAUAUUAUUUCUAAAAAGAGUUUUUGAAAUUGUCUUACUUUCAAUAAUGGGUUUAUUGUAAUGGUGUUAAUGUAUUUUUAUAUAAAAAUUAUUAUAGAAUAUUUUCUCAUUAGUCCGGGAAUAUAUUUUUCCAAUGAAUAGUCUUGAUACUGAUGAUUUAAUAACAUCGUUCUUUAAGUUUUUAGUAUUGAUAGUUUUAUGUUUCAAUAUCUUAAAAUAAUGGUAAAGCAAUGGCGAAAUACUUUAAAGCGCUAAUGAUGACAUUGACUCGCGUUCGCAGGGGAUCUAGAAACUGGAGGCCCAAGCGUAACAAAAUAGAAGGUCCCCAAGUAUCUUCUAAAUCAUUCAAUCAAUUUUUUCAAUCAGAUGUUUAAUUUAUUGCGGACAAAUUGAAUGCAGAUAAGGUAUAAAUGAAAUUAUACCAUCGUUUCGUUUACCUAGUGUUGGCGAAAAAGUUAUUAUAUUUUAUCUGUACGUGAAAAUUAUGUGUAGUAAUUAUGCAAUACUGUUUGAGUGUAUCUGUAAUUUGUGUGUAUUUGAACGAAUCCAUUUGUAACUGUUUUGUACAAAAUAAAGUUGAUUCAAUAUUUUCGUUA